GAUUAUUUUUCGGAAGCACGUGCAGUAUCUUGCAGAAAAGAUGACAUUUAUUAGCUCACUUUUCUUCUGUAUGCUGAUGAAGAUCCUAACAGAUGCCCGAUCAAUCCAGGAUGGAGAUGAUGUCUACCAGAGAUCUGCAGCCUUGCCGUACUGGCCCUUCUCAUCCAACGAUUUCUGGUCCUAUGUGGAGUAUUUCCGAACCCUGGGAGCCUACAACAGGAUUGAAGAAAUGGCCAGAACCUUCUUUGCCCAGUUCCCUUCUGGGAGUCACCUUGGCUAUCACGUCCCCAACCACGAGCACUAACUGCUUCGCUCAUUUUUGCUAAAGCUGGUGAAAAGAUGUUUAAGCAAAUA